UUAGAGGCAAGAUUUCCACCUGGGUGGAACAAGUUGAACUCGUGACUCUUCCUGUCGUCCCUCGUGCACUGUGCUCUCAGCUCUCCAUCAUUUAACGGUGCCAACAAUCCCCACGUUUAGGGACACAGCGGUGGUUGUGUGCCGUGCGGGUGACGUUAGAUGUUGAGAUGGAAGUAGCAUAGCAGCUAGCUUAGCAUAGCGUUGCUUUAAGUGGUCCGUUUGCCACUCACCCCCCUUCUGUUUGACACGUGGAGUAAUUCCUCUGCUCAGUUCUCUGUCUUGUUUUACCUCCAAUGAAAAGCUCUCUCCAUCUUCAUGUAACUGACUGCCGCCAGCGGCCGUUUCGUUUCAGCGCUCAGCUUUACUAACCUCACUGGAGCCCCACGGGGUAAAUACCCACAAUCCCUUCCUGUUGGACUCAGUCCCACGGCGUCUCUGCAGAGGGACAGAGCCUGUGGACCUUUAAGUAUCUUCAGCUUCAUGUGGUGGGAAUCAGUGAGAAGAAGAUACAGAGGCAGAGCAGAAGAGAAGCAAUGAAAUCGGUGAGCUGCUCGUGCAGCACAGAUGUUUUAACACAGAAAAAGUCCAAAAUGCCAGUUACUCUUUCUUUAGUGUUUAGAACAUUGAGCUUACUUCACAAGCCCAGAUGAAGGGUUGAAAUGAAGACAUUUCGAUUACAUUGGAUCGGGUCAUUUGUCUCAGGAAAAUCUCCAAACCCAAAUCCCCCAAAUUGUCCCGCGAGUCAGUGACUUUUUUCGGUGCCAUAAGUGUCCGAGGGACAAAAAGAGACAUUCUCUGACAUUUGGGUCGAGGACACUUUUUCUUACAGCUUUGGUCCGUUUUGUCCAAAUGUCUGUGAAUAAAAAGCCAAUAUUUGGAGUUCUUUUGAACUAGAUGCCUCCGAUGUCACAGCGUCCAGUUGAAAGGUCAAACUGUGUUUGACUGGUUUGUACUUUGGUUUAGUCAUCGUCAUCGCAGGUUUUGGUUGCUGUACGACUCCGCCCCCGCCCCCCAUUAUGAGCCCUCCCCACAGCCUGGCGGCGGGGGCGGAGCCGUACAAGGACACACCCUCCCCAGUGUCUCUGGACUCCAGUGUCUUCUUCAGUGAGACGACUUCCAGCGUCAGCGACCCGCUCGACUUCUUCGUGGUCAACGUCGGGGGAAGUCGCUUCGUGCUGUCGCGGGAGCUGCUGGCACCGCACCCGGAGACCCGGCUGGGGAAGCUGGCCCGCUGCACCCGAGGCUCGGCGCUGGAGCUCUGCGACGACGCCGACCCUCCGGGGAACGAGUUCUUCUUCGACCGGAACUCACAGACCUUCCAGUAUGUGAUGAACUUUUACCAGACGGGUGACCUGCACGUCAGGGAGGAGCUGUGUGAGAUCUCCUUCCUGCAGGAGAUCCAGUACUGGGGCAUCGACGAGCUUUGCAUCGCCCCCUGUUGCCGCGAGCGCUACUCCCGCCGCAAGGAGCAGAAGGAAAACCUCGACGUGCGGCCGAGGUUCGAGCCCGAGGUCGGCGAUGAGGACUUCGCGGGCGCCUUAUGCCCGGCUCUCCGUCGGCGCCUGUGGGACCUGCUGGAGAAACCGGAAUCGUCCCGCGCCGCCCGCACCUUCGGCUGUCUCUCCAUCGCCUUUGUGGUGGUGUCCGUCGUCAACAUGGUGCUCAUCUCGUUGGACCUGGGGGAGGACUUUGUCGCGGCGCUGCUGUUCGACGCCCUGGAGCUCGCGUGCGUGGCGUGGUUCACCGGCGAGCUGGCGCUUCGGUUCCUCUGCGCGAGGGAUAAGUGCCACUUCGGUCGGAGUGUUCUCAACGUCAUCGACCUGCUGGCCAUCCUGCCGUUCUACGUGACGCUGGCGGUGGAGAAGCUGCGCGGCGGAUCCGUGGUCCUGGAGAACGCGGGCCGCGUGGUGCAGGUCCUCCGGCUCCUCCGGUCGCUCCGUCUGCUGAAGCUGGGAAGACACUCGACAGGCCUCAAGUCGCUGGGUUGGACCAUCGCUCAAUGCUACGAGGAGGUCGGCCUGCUGCUCCUCUUCCUCGCUGUCGGCAUCUCCAUAUUCGCAGCGGUGGCUUUCACUCUGGAGAGCGACCGCCCGGCCACCACCUUCAGCAGCGUGCCGGCCGCUUGGUGGUGGGCCACCACGUCCAUGACCACGGUGGGCUACGGGGACAUGCGGCCCGACACGGUGGCGGGGAAAGUGCUCGCCUUCCUCUGCAUCCUGUCUGGAAUCCUCAUCCUGUCGCUCCCCAUCGCCAUCGUCAACGAGCGCUUCUCCGUCUGCUACGUCGCGCUGAAGGCCAAGGAGGCGGCGGCGCGGCGAGAUACUGAGGAGGCGGCUGAGGGCGGAGUCGGCGUGAACGCCACCUGGAGACGAACUGUGGUGGUAGGAGACACGUGACCUCUGACCCCUUUGGAAAGGAAAGGAAAUCAUUUCUUACAUCAGAUGACGGAAAUGAUACAAAAGAAACGUCUGUUUCAAAGAUCCUUCGUUGAUGCAAAAAGGUUCUGCAGCUAUUUUACCAAUAAAAUAAUUAAUGUCAUUGUCUCUGAAGGAUGGCUCAAACAGGGAAAAACAGGAUUUCCAUUGUCCUGUUUCACCGUCCUCGGCUUCCUCCUCAAAUAAACCAGCGUUCUCUGCUAAGUGGAAGCAGCUUUUAAUCCCACGUUUAUUAUUGUAACUAAAACCAAAGCGAAGCAAGUUCUUACGUCGCGUAGACGCUCAUGUUGAGUUAAAGGCACGAAUCAGAAUAACUAACACAGUGGCCUCCGGUGUUUGUUCCACACAGACCUUCUCUAAUGUGAAUAUUGAAAACUACUGGUUGUUUAUUUACUUCUGACUUUGUGGCACCAACGCGUCUCAGGAGGAAACGCGUCCCGGACAGCGGUUCUCGCUGAGAAGCUGUCUUCAUGAGCGAAUGUCUCCGUGCCUCCGGCUCGUCCUCACAACGCUAACAUGGGUCAGUGGGCGCUGUUCAGGAGCCGGCCUCAGACCCCCCGCGGUGCCCGCGGCCCCCUGUUGUCCCCGUGACUCGGCCGCGCAGUGAAGAACCGCCUCCUGAGGGCGAGCGCGGCCUUUGCGGCGCCACAGCGAAGGUCUGAACCCUGAACAGCGUUAAAGAGCAGCGAAGCAUGAAAACAGGUCGCGGGGACGACACGGGACGACACGGGACGACACGGGACGACACGGGGCCACGUGAGCGUCCCGCUCGCUGCUGCACAGCUUUCUGUCUCUUGUCAUCUUGCAAACGUGCGUUCUUACAUGUUAAGUACUCAACCGAAACCUCUCGCUCUCAUUCUAAAGCCGAGCUCACUCAAACCUAAGCUCACCCGUGCGUUAAACCAAGACUUUAAAAGCCAAUUAAAGUGAAAAACCCAAAGUUGGGUCCCCACACCGUCACUGUUAUCAGAUCCACGUCCCCACAUGAGCACACACACAAACAUGCGUGUGGUCGAUUUAACGCACACGGAAUCCUCCGCGUGGUGUAACGAGAUCACCAUCAUGAAUCCGCUGGGACGUUAGUUCAAAUACUUCAUUAUGUAACAACCUUUUCAUUCAGCUCACAGGUCCCCGUUCAAUCAUUCACACAUUUAUUUUAGUCCUUCAUGGAAUCUCUCCGGGCCUUUGUUUCUCUUUAUGUUGAUCUACAUCAAAAUCUGCUUUGUGUCCCACGUGUUGUCUCUCUACAGAGACACAGAUGAAGUACAACAACGCUGCACUAAACUAGAAGAUCAAAUACUGUUGAAAUGAUGUUUUGCACCGUUUGUUACUGGUUGGAUUUAACCUCCUCUUGCUUUUCUUUAAACGACUAAAAUGCAAAUGUGAUGUUCCA